GGGGUUGGAUGCUCCGCAGUCCUCCCAGGGCCGCUCUGACCAGCGGCUCUGCGACUUCUCGCCUCCUCUCCAUCUUUCCUCCCACAGCGGCCGCUCGGCCCCCGCCCCCUCGUCCUCCCGGCGGGUCUUCCCAGGCCGCUCUGGCCCGAGCGUCCCCUCGUCUCACUGAUCUGGCCCAUCCGGCUCCGGAGGGAGGCGCGGGUGGGUGAGCAAGGGAGUGCGUCUAUGGGGUCCAGGCCCGAGCCCCUGAAGACGGGCUCCGCCCCCGACACCCGCUCGCGCCCCGCCCCCGGCUGGAGGGGUCUCUCUCGGAUCUUCCGGGCCUGGCCCGGCACGACCCGCACCCUCUAUGGAGGCCCCCGCCGGGCUGUAGAGCCCUUCGCCCCCUGGGGACCCACCCGUAUAUAAGGUCCGUUUUGGCCUGCAGCGGCCCGCCUUUGUAACUGCUGGACAUCGUCUAUGGGGUCAGCUAGCCUAUGGGGGCCCGUAACUGUAAGGGACUCCCACGGUCCCUAGGGGUCGGCCUCGUCCAUAACGACCCCAUUUACGGGUUCUUCCAUGGGUCUAUAGGACCUACUCCGCGGCUUCCAGGGCCGGUCUACAGCGGCGGUUCCCUUCGUGGGGUCUGCAACUCCUGGACCUCCCUGGUCUACAAGGCCAUGUCCCGUCUAUAGAGGUCACAUUUGCAGGGCCUCACGCCGCGUGGAGUGUCCUCUCCCGGUCUUUAAGGCUUGUCCCGUCUGUAAGAGUGCGGGAGGCGGCGAUGGCCCUGGGCCUGGCUCUGGCCGUGGCGCUGGCUCUAUCUUUGGCCCUGCUGGGGCCUCUGAUACCUGGGGCCCAGGCAGGGGACUGCAAGGGGCAGCGGCAAGUGCUGCGGGAGGCGCCAGGCUUCGUGACGGAUGGUGCGGGCAACUACAGCGUCAAUGGCAAUUGCGAGUGGCUCAUCGAGGCCCCAAGCCCCCAGCACCGGAUCCUGCUGGACUUCCUUUUCCUGGACACGGAGUGCACUUACGACUACCUGUUCGUGUAUGACGGGGACUCUCCCCGAGGGCCCCUGCUUGCCAGUCUGAGUGGGAGCACCCGGCCUCCACCCAUCGAGGCCUCCUCAGGCAAGAUGCUGCUGCACCUCUUCAGCGAUGCCAACUACAACCUGCUGGGCUUCAAUGCGUCCUUCCGCUUCUCCCUGUGCCCCGGGGGCUGCGGCAGCCACGGGCAGUGCCGGGCCCCCGGGGAGUGCGCCUGCGAGCGCGGCUGGGGGGGCCCGGACUGCAGCCUGCAGGAGUGUCCCGCCUACUGCGGCAGCCAUGGCACCUGCGCCUCGCCCCUGGGACCGUGCCGCUGUGAGCCUGGCUUCCUGGGACACGCCUGUGACCUGCACCUGUGGGAGAACCAGGGGGCUGGCUGGUGGCACAACGUGAGUGCCGGGGACCCUGCCUUCUCGGCCCGGAUCGGGGCGGCCGGUGCCUUCCUGUCCCCGCCGGGGCUACUGGCCGUUUUUGGAGGCCAGGACCUCAACAGCGCCCUGGGGGACCUGGUCCUCUACAACUUCUCUGCCAACACCUGGGAGCGCUGGGACCUGAGUCCUACCCCGGCUGCCCGGCACUCCCACGUGGCUGUGGCCUGGGCCGGCUCCCUGGUGCUCAUGGGUGGCGAGCUGGCCAAUGGCUCCCUCACCAGCGAUGUGUGGGCCUUCAGCCCGCUGGGCGGGGGCCACUGGGAGCUCCUUGCGCCACCUGCCUCGGGUUCCUCGGGGCCACCAGGCCUGGCAGGUCACGCGGCCGCCCUGGUGGACGACGUCUGGCUCUAUGUGUCUGGCGGCCGCACUCAGCACGACCUCUUCUCCUCCGGCCUCUUCCGUUUCCGCCUCGACGGCUCCAGCAGAGGCUACUGGGAGCAGGUGAUUCCAGCAGGUGGGCGACCCCCUGCCGCCACUGGCCACUCCAUGGUGUUCCACGCACCCUCGCGCACCCUACUGGUUCACGGUGGACACCGGCCCUCCACUGCCCGGUUCUCUGUGCGGGUGAACUCCACCGAGCUCUUCCACGUGGAUCGGCGCGUGUGGACCACCCUAAAGGGCCGGGAUGGGCUUCAGGGCCCACGGGAGAGAGCCUUCCACACAGCCAGUGUCCUGGGCAACUACAUGGUGGUCUAUGGGGGCAACGUGCACACCCAUUACCAGGAGGAAAAGUGCUAUGAAGAUGGUCUCUUCUUCUACCACCUCGGCUGCCAUCAGUGGGUGUCGGGGGCUGAGCUUGCCCCCCCAGGAACCCCUGAGGGCCGAGCAGCGCCUCCCAGUGGCCGAUACUCACAUGUGGCGGCUGUGCUUGGCGGCAGUGUCCUGUUGGUGGCUGGGGGGUACAGUGGCCGGCCCCGUGGGGACUUGAUGGCCUACAAGGUGCCUCCCUUUGUGUUCCAGGCGCCUGCUCCAGACUACCACUUAGACUAUUGCUCCAUGUACACGGACCAUAGCGUCUGUUCGCGAGACCCGGAAUGCAGUUGGUGUCAGGGAGCCUGCCAAGCUGCACCACCUCCUGGGACUCCCCCUGGGGCCUGUCCAGCUGCCAGCUGCCUGGGACUGGGCCGCCUUCUGGGUGACUGCCAGGCCUGCCUGGCCUUCAGCAGCCCCACAGCUCCUCCCCGGGGGCCCGGCGCCCUGGGCUGGUGUGUGCAUAAUGAGAGCUGCCUCCCCCGCCCUGAGCAGACCCGCUGCCGAGGGGAGCAGAUCUCAGGCACCGUGGGCUGGUGGGGGCCUGCGCCUGUCUUUGUCACAUCCCUGGAGGCCUGUGUCACCCAGAGCUUCCUGCCUGGCCUGCACCUGCUCACUUUCCAGCAGCCGCCCAAUGCCUCCCAGCCCGACAAGGUCUUGAUUGUCCGCAGUACGACCAUCACUCUGACGCCCAGCCCGGAGACCGACGUGUCCCUGGUCUACCGUGGCUUCAUCCAUCCGCUACUGCCUGGAGGGCCCGGAGGGGCGGGGGCUGAGGAUGUAGCUGUGUGGGCCCGAGCCCAGCGUCUACAUGUCCUAGCCCGGAUGGCCCGGGGCCCUGACACGGAGAACAUGGAGGAGGUGGGGCGCUGGGUGGCUCAGCAGGAGAAGGAGACGAGGCGGCUACAGCGCCCAGGGUCUGCUCGCCUCUUCCCACUGCCUGGCCGGGGCCACAAGUAUGCGGUGGAGAUCCAGGGCCAGCUCAAUGGCUCGGCGGGCCCCGGGCACAGCGAACUUACCCUGCUGUGGGACCGGACUGGUGUGCCAGGUGGCAGCGAGAUCUCCUUCUUCUUCCUGGAGCCCUACCGCUCGUCAGCUUGCUCCUCCUACUCCUCCUGCCUGGGCUGCUUGGCGGACCAGGGCUGCGGCUGGUGCCUGACCAGCGCCACCUGCCACCUGCGCCAGGGCGGGGCCCACUGCGGGGCCGACGGGGCCGGCGGGGCCCUGCUGGUGCUGGUGCCUGCCCUCUGCCCGCUCUGCGAGGAACACCGCGACUGUCACGCCUGCACUCAGGACCCCUUCUGCGAGUGGCAUCAGAGCUCCAGCCGCAAAGGGGACGCCGCGUGCAGCCGGCGGGGCCGGAGUCGGGGUGCCCUGAAGAGCCCAGACGAGUGUCCCCCACUCUGCAGCCAGCGCCUGACCUGUGACGACUGCCUGGCCAACUCCAGCCAGUGUGCCUGGUGCCAGUCCACGCACACCUGCUUCCUGUUUGCGGCCUACCUGGCCCGCUACCCGCACGGGGGCUGCCGUGGCUGGGACGACAGCGUGCACUCGGAGCCUCGGUGCCGGAGCUGCGACCGCUUCCUGACCUGCCACGAGUGUCUGCAGAGCCACGAGUGCGGCUGGUGUGGCAAUGAAGACAACCCUACGCUGGGCCGGUGCCUCCAGGGGGACUUCUCGGGGCCGCUGGGUGGGGGGAACUGCUCCCUGUGGGUGGGGGAGGGCCUGGGGCUAUCUGUGGCCCUCCCUGCCCGCUGGGCGUAUGCCCGCUGUCCCGACGUGGAUGAGUGUCGCCUGGGCCUGGCGCGGUGCCACCUGCGGGCAACCUGCCUGAACACACCCCUCAGCUAUGAGUGUCACUGCCAGCGAGGCUACCAGGGCGAUGGCAUCACCUACUGCAACCGCACGUGCCUGGAAGACUGUGGCCACGGUGUGUGCAGCGGUCCCCCCGACUUCACCUGCGUAUGUGACCUGGGCUGGACGUCUGACCUGCCCCCGCCCACGCCCGCCCCGGGACCCCCGGCGCCCCGCUGCUCCCGGGACUGUGGCUGCAACUUCCACAGCCACUGCCGCAGGCGGGGGCCUGGCUUCUGUGAUGAGUGCCAGGACUGGACAUGGGGGGAGCGCUGCGAGCGUUGCCGGCCCGGCAGCUUUGGCAACGCCACGGGCUCAGGCGGCUGCCGGCCCUGCCAGUGCAACGGGCACGGGGACCCGCGCCAUGGCCACUGUGACAACCUCAGCGGGCUCUGCUUCUGCCAGGACCACACCGAAGGUGCCCACUGCCAGCUCUGCUCCCCUGGCUACUACGGGGACCCUCGGGCCGGUGGCUCCUGUUUCCGGGAGUGUGGGGGUCGCACCCUCCUCACCAAUGUGUCCUCAGUGGCGCUGGGCUCACGCCGGGUCGGGGGGCCGCUGCCUCCAGGGGGUGGGGCAGCAAGAGCCGGGCCAGGCCUCUCCUACUGUGUGUGGGUUGUCUCGGCCACUGAGGUGCUCCAGCCCUGUGCCCCCGGGACCCUCUGUCCCCCGCUCACCCUCACCUUCUCCCCUGACAGCAGCACGCCCUGCACGCUGAGCUACGUCCUGGCCUUUGAUGGAUUCCCGCGCUUCCUGGACACUGGUGUCGUCCAGUCGGACCGCAGCCUCAUCGCUGCAUUCUGUGGCCUGCGACGGGACAGGCCCCUCACUGUGCAGGCCCUGUCUGGGCUGCUGGUGCUGCACUGGGAAGCCAACGGCUCCUCGUCGUGGGGCUUCAAUGCUUCAGUGGGUUCUGCCCGCUGCGGGUCGGGGGGCCCCGGGAGCUGCCCGGUCCCCCAGGAGUGUGUGCCCCAGGAUGGAGCCGCAGGUGCUGGACUCUGCCGAUGUCCCCAGGGCUGGGCUGGCCCCCACUGCCGCAUGGCUCUGUGUCCUGAGAACUGUAAUGCUCACAGUGGGGCAGGGACUUGCAACCAGAGCCUCGGUGUAUGCAUCUGUGCCGAGGGCUUCGGGGGCCCUGACUGCGCCACGAAGCUGGACGGCGGGCAGCUGGUCUGGGAGACCCUCAUGGACAGCCGCCUCUCAGCCGACACUGCCAGCCGAUUCCUACACCGCCUGGGUCACACCAUGGUGGAGGGACCUGAUGCCACCUUGUGGAUGUUUGGCGGCCUCGGCCUGCCCCAGGGGCUGCUGGGGAACCUGUACAGGUACUCAGUGAGUGAGCGGCGGUGGACACAGAUGCUGGCGGGAGCCGAGGAUGGGGGCCCAGGCCCCUCACCCCGCUCCUUCCAUGCGGCUGCCUACGUGUCCGCUGGCCGUGGUGCCAUGUACCUUCUGGGGGGACUCACAGCUGGGGGUGUCACUCGCGACUUUUGGGUCCUCAACCUCACCACCCUGCAGUGGCGGCAGGAGAAGGUGCCCCAGACCGUGGAGCUCCCGGCAGUGGCUGGUCACACCCUCACUGCCCGCCGAGGCCUGUCUCUGCUCCUGGUGGGCGGGUACUCCCCCGAAAAUGGCUUCAACCAGCAGCUGUUCGAGUACCAGCUGGUGACUGGCACCUGGGUGUCUGGAGCCCAGAGCGGGACACCCCCCACCGGUCUCUACGGUCAUUCUGCCGUGUACCACGAGGCCACUGACUCCCUCUACGUGUUUGGGGGUUUCCGCUUCCACGUCGAGCUGGCAGCCCCCUCCUCUGAGCUCUAUUCCCUGCACUGUCCUGACCGCACCUGGAGCCUGCUGGCCCCUUCGCAGGGGGCAAAGCCCCGCCCCCGGCUUUUCCACGCCUCAGCCCUGCUGGGGGACACCAUGGUGGUCCUUGGGGGGCGCUCGGACCCCGAUGAGUUCAGCAGCGACGUUCUGCUCUACCAGGUCAACUGCAAUGCCUGGCUCCUGCCCGACCUGACCCGCCCAGCCUCUGUGGGGGCCCCGAUGGAGGAGUCUGUGGCCCAUGCUGUGGCGGCGGUAGGGGGCCGCCUGUACCUCUCAGGGGGCUUCGGGGGAGUGGCCCUGGGCCGCCUGCUGGCCCUGACCCUGCCCCCUGACCCCUGCCGCCUGCUACCCUCACCCGAAGCUUGUAACCAGUCUGGGGCCUGCACCUGGUGCCAUGGGGCGUGCUUGUCCUGGGACCAGGCCCAUAGGCUGGGCUGCGGGGCCCCCCCAUGCUCCCCCAUGCCUCGCUCCCCCGAGGAAUGUCGACGUCUCCGGACCUGCAGUGAGUGCCUGGCCCGCCACCCCCGGACCCUGCAGCCUGGAGAUGGAGAGGCAUCCGCCCCCCGCUGUAAGUGGUGUACUAACUGCCCUGAGGGUGCCUGCAUCGGGCGGAACGGGUCCUGCACCUCGGAGAAUGACUGUCGCAUCAACCAGAGAGAGGUGUUCUGGGCCGGGAACUGCUCGGAGGCUGUGUGCGGGGCUGCCGACUGCGAGCAGUGCACCCGGGAGGGCAAGUGCAUGUGGACCAGGCAGUUCAAGAGGACAGGGGAGACCCGCCGCAUCCUCUCAGUGCAGCCCACCUACGACUGGACGUGCUUCAGCCACUCUCUGCUGAACGUGUCCCCAAUGCCGGUGGAGUCGUCACCCCCGCUCCCCUGCCCCACUCCCUGUCACCUCCUGCCCAACUGCACCUCCUGCCUGGACUCCAAGGGUGCAGACGGGGGCUGGCAACACUGCGUCUGGAGCAGCAGUCUCCAACAGUGUCUGAGCCCCUCCUACCUGCCCCUGCGAUGUAUGGCUGGAGGCUGUGGCCGCCUGCUGCGAGGACCCGAGAGCUGCUCCCUGGGCUGUGCUCAGGCUUCCCAGUGUGCCCUGUGCCUGUGGCGCCCCCACUGUGGCUGGUGUGCCUGGGGGGGCCAGGAUGGGGGCGGCCGCUGCCUGGAGGGUGGACUCAGCGGUCCCCGUGACGGGCUGACGUGCGGCCGGCCUGGGGCCUCCUGGGCCUUCCUGUCCUGCCCCCCUGAGGACGAGUGUGCAAACGGGCACCACGACUGCAACGAGACGCAGAACUGCCACGACCGGCCGCACGGUUAUGAGUGCAGCUGCAAGGCAGGCUACACCAUGGACAACGUGACCGGGCUGUGCCGCCCCGUGUGCGCCCAGGGCUGCGUGAACGGCUCGUGUGUGGAACCCGACCACUGCCGCUGCCACUUCGGCUUCGUGGGCCGCAACUGCUCCACCGAGUGUCGCUGCAACCGCCACAGCGAGUGUGCGGGCGUGGGGGCCCGCGACCACUGCUUGCUAUGCCGCAACCACACCAAGGGCAGCCACUGUGAGCAGUGCCUCCCCCUGUUCGUGGGUUCAGCCGUGGGGGGCGGGACCUGCCGGCCGUGCCACGCCUUCUGUCGUGGCAACAGCCACGUCUGCGUCUCCAGGAAAGAGCUCGAAAUGGCCAGGAAGGAGCCCGAGAAGUACUCGCUGGAUCCGGAGGAGAUUGACAACUGGGUGACCGAGGGGCCCAGUGAAGAUGAGGCUGUGUGUGUGAACUGUCAGAAUAACAGCUAUGGGGACAAAUGCGAGAGCUGCCUGCACGGCUACUUCCUCCUGGACGGGAAGUGCACCAAAUGCCAGUGUAAUGGCCAUGCAGAUACAUGUAACGAGCAGGACGGGACGGGCUGCCCGUGUCAGAACAAUACGGAGACGGGCACGUGCCAGGGCAACUCCCCUAGCGACCGUCGGGACUGCUACAGGUACCAGUGCGCCAAGUGCCGGGAGUCAUUCCAUGGGAGCCCGCUAGGUGGCCAGCAGUGCUACCGCCUCAUCUCCGUGGAGCAGGAGUGCUGCCUCGACCCCACGUCCCAGACCAACUGCUUCCACGAACCCAAGCGCCGGGCUCUGGGCCCUGGCCGCACGGUCCUCUUUGGCGUGCAGCCCAAGUUUACCAAUGUGGACAUCCGCCUGACGCUGGAUGUGACCUUCGGUGCCGUGGACCUCUAUGUCUCCACCUCCUACGACACCUUCGUGGUCCGCGUGGCCCCCGACACAGGCGUCCACACCGUGCAUAUCCAGCCCCCUCCGCCCCCGCCGCCUCCCCCACCCCCUGCUGACGGCGGACCCCGGGGGGCCGGGGACCCAGGGGGACCAGGGGCCGGAAGCGGGCCAGGUGCCCCAGCCGAGCCACGGGUGCGGGAAGUGUGGCCACGCGGCCUGAUCACCUACGUGACGGUGACGGAACCGUCGGCAGUGCUCGUGGUUCGUGGCGUGCGGGACCGCCUGGUCAUCACCUACCCGCACGAGCACCAUGCUCUCAAGUCCAGCCGCUUCUACCUGCUCCUGCUGGGCGUGGGGGACCCGAGUGGGCCUGGCGCCAAUGGCUCGGCCGACUCGCAGGGCCUGCUCUUCUUCCGGCAGGACCAGGCCCACAUCGACCUGUUUGUCUUCUUCUCCGUCUUCUUCUCCUGCUUCUUUCUCUUCCUCUCGCUCUGUGUGCUCCUCUGGAAGGCCAAACAGGCCCUGGACCAGCGGCAGGAGCAGCGCCGGCACCUGCAAGAGAUGACCAAGAUGGCCAGCCGCCCUUUUGCCAAGGUCACCGUCUGCUUCCCGCCCGACCCCGCUACGCCGGCCCCUGCCUGGAAGCCGGCCGGGCUCCCGCCGCCCACCUUCCGCCGUUCCGAACCCUUCUUGGCACCCCUGCUGCUGACCGGGGCCGGCGGGCCCUGGGGACCCGUGGGAGGAGGCUGCUGCCCACCAGCCAUCCCCGCCACGACCGCUGGCCUGCGAGCCGGGCCUAUCACCCUCGAGCCCACCGAAGAUGGCAUGGCUGGUGUGGCCACGCUGCUGCUCCAGCUGCCUGGGGGACCCCAAGCGCCCAACGGUGCCUGCCUGGGCUCCGCCCUUGUCACGCUGAGACACAGACUGCACGAGUACUGUGGGGGCGGCGGGGGCGCCGGGGGCAGUGGGCACGGGGCUGGCGCAGGCCGGAAGGGACUGUUGAGCCAGGACAAUCUCACCAGCAUGUCCCUCUGACCCACGGUGGGGUCCUCAGCCACGGCAGCGCAGUGCCCUGGUGACGCCGCCCUGGACUCGGGGCUCCUCCCCCCACCCCGACACCGUGUCCUCAGAGACCUCCGGCUCCCUUUCCCUGGGGCUCCCCAGCCAGGGCACUCGCCCUUCUGCAGCCAACAAUUAUUUAUUGAAUACUUACUCUACGCUGUUGAAGGCACUGGGCAGAGCAGAAAGCGAGACAGACCAGUUCCCUGAUCUUGUGGGGCUUCAGUUCGGGUGGAGGGAGACAGUCGGUGCGUGCCAGUGUGUGUGCGCACGCACACACACACACACACGUGAGAUCGUUUCUGUGAAGGAGAGGUGCCAGGAGGGAUCACGGGAUGUGGCCAUGAGGGACCGCGGGGUAGGGUAAGUUGGGCAUUCGGAGAAGCUGGGCCUAAAGAUUGAGAGAAGCGGCCGCGGGGAGAACGCUGGGAAGUGGAUCGCAGGCGGUGGGAGCUGCAAGGACCAGUCCCAGAGGUGGGGACCAGCGUCCUUUAUUGGAGGGAUCGGAGCGGUGGCCAGUGUGACCCAGACCGAGUGCGAAGAGGAGGCGAGGUUGGGGACCAGGCAGGGGUGGCAUCACCCGGGGCCGUGCAGGCCCCAGAUAGGGUUUUGAGUUUUAUUCUCAGGGCAGUGGGAAUCCGUGGGACAGUUGUAUGAGGGCGAAUGACAGGAUCCGACGUACCUAUUCAAGAGAUCCCUCAGCUGUGGUGUGGAGAAUGGGUCGGAGGGGACAAGAGAUGACAGUGGGCUGGACUAGGGUGGUGGCGGGGAAGGGGUGUGUCAGGGACAGGUGCAGGAUGUGUGUGGAUGUUGGGGCGGGGGAGGGGAAUCCAGGAUGACCUCGACUUUGUAGCUCAAAACUAUGGGUGGACGGCGGGGUGGUCUAUUACAGUGGGGCAGCCUGGGGCUUGUGGGGACGAUCAGAAGGCCAGUCUGAGAUGCCCUGUUCAGUCAGGCCCAGCCAGGGAGACAGACCGCUCUGCGUAGUUCAGUGGAAGGAACCGAGUGCGGGGGAUUGGCUGUUCUGGUCUGCCCAUCAGAGGUGGGACGGUGAGGUAGCAGCCACCACCUUGGACUUCUGAGCUCCUGUCCCCCUUGAGGACCGCCCCCAUCCUAGCCAUCUUGAACUUGGGACUUGUUUUUGCAAGACUCCAUCCCCCAGCUGCGGGUUUGGACCUUGAGGAGCUGAGCCCCGCCUCUUCUCUGCUGGGGGCCUCAGUCUAGGAGGCUGAAAGAGGGACAGCGCCUGAAGCAGCAAAUAAAGAGUGUGGGGAAGGCCGG